AUGGCGUCUCGUCUCCUCGUUCUGAUCGCCGUCGCCACGGCGUCCGUUCGGGACCCGGGGAACCGGCACCUGGGGGGCUCCGUGACCGUCGUGCCCCGAGGGAGGGACUCGGACGGAACCUUCCAGGUGGAGGUCCACAGCCUGCAGAGCGCCGCCCGGUGCCACGUCAGUCCCUACGCCUGUCUGUACGGCGACUGCGGCUCCGAGGUGGACAACGGCGUCUCCGAGGUGUCCUCAGGUUCCGGUUGGUGCGCCGUAGAGUCCAGGGUCCUGAUAAAACUCCCCCUCAACCACCCCAUCGCUCUGGGAUACCCGACUCCAGAGGACCAGCGCCGCGGCGGCGAAUCCUGGACCCCUAACGUCCGGGGCUCCUCUGCCGCCUGGGCGAUGAUGGCGCACAUUGACCUGGGAAUCCGGUCUGACACCCAGGAAUCCAACCGCCCGCCGGUGUCGGCCAUGCUGCCCGUCGUCAGGGUGACCAGGAACUGCCCCCGCACCUUCAGACUGCUGGUUUUUGAUCCCGACGGUGACCGGGUGAGAUGCAGAGUGCCGACGGUGUCCGGCAGCGACGAGUGUGGCAUGUGCGGCGGUUCAGCCGGUUUGACCCUGGACCAGGACUCCUGCUCUCUGGAGUAUUCGUCCAGUGGGGCGGCUGGACGCCAUCCCGUCGAGUUGAUGGUGGAGGACUUCCCCGAGAUGGAGAUCAAACUCCACUACUCCCAGGGAUACUUCACCCUGAAACGUCCUCCGUCAGCGGCGAGGAGCAAGCGGUUCGUCCGGAACAGGUCGGGGUUACCGACCGCCUCCACAGCACCUCCGACCGCCUCCACAGCACCUCCGACCGCCUCCACGGCACCUCCAACCACCUCCAUAUCCAGUCCAACUGCCUCCACAGCACCUCCAACCAACACCACAACCGAUGGAACGACCACAGCACCUACAACCGCCUCCACAGCACCUCCAACCAAAACCACAACUGAUGGAACCACCACAGCACUUCCAACAACCACCACCACAGCAUCUUGGACCAAGUCCUCAUCUGCUCCAACUGCCAUCAGUGCAACCACAUCAAGUCCAACCACUGCCACACCACCUCCAACCUCCAUCACAACUGAUAGGACCACCACACCAGCUCCGCCCACUGCUCCAGCUGAUAGGACCAGCAGCCUGUCCGAUCGGACCAGUCCAGCUGAAUCGUAUUAUCUGACUUCCAUUCCUCCUCUGAGUAAAAUCCCUCUUCAGUUCACGGUUCACGUGGACUCUUUCGAUGCCCCUUCCUGCCUCGAUGGUCUCUACUUCCCAGUUUUCUUGGCACCGACUCCAGAGAACGGGAUGAAUCUGCCUGCAUCUGUUGGCCAGCUCCUCGAAAUCAAAGUCCGAUCGAAGGCACGCUUCGCCACGAUCGGCGACCUGGCUGUGAUCGGACCGGGAGGCAUUAUGAAACACUUCGUCUCCUCGGGAUCAUACGUCAUAAGGUGGAAACCGGCGGCUCGUGAUCUCGGCGGCUAUUAUCCGGUCUGCUUCACUUCUGAAGCUAGAGACGGGUCCGACCGGCUGUACCAGUCCAAGCCGCGCUGCGUGACGGUGGAAGUCAGCCGCUACGAGGCGGUGGUGACCUGCUCCCAGACCGCCAUGAGGGUGGAGGUGAAGAAGAACGCUGCCAUCAGACGCAACCAGGACAGACUGCGUCUGAGGGACGCCGGGGACGCGUCCUGCAGCCUGGAGAGACGCUCCAACGCAACGCACCUGGUGGUCCUCCUGAGCCUGAACGCCUGUGGGACUCAAAUCGAGGAAGACGAAGCCACCAUCACCUUCAAGAAUGAGAUCACGUCUGCCGACCUGAGAGAAAUUAUCACCAGAAAGCCAGAGAUCCACAUCGCCGUUUCCUGCAUCUACCCGAAGAAAGCCAACCUGACUCUGGGGUUCCGGCACAAGAACCCGUACGCCUUCAGCCAGAGCGGCUUCGGCAGCUUCAGCUUCCAGUUCGAGUUCUUCCAGAGCCAGCUCUUCAGACGGCAGGUGGAGGGCAGCAGCUACCCGGUGGAGGUGUCCCUCAAGCAGAUGGUCUACAUGCAGAUCCAGGCCUCCUCCUCCAUCCCCGACACCCAGCUGUUCGUGGAGUCCUGCAGGGCCACGCCCUACGACAACCCCGAGUCCCGCGUCAGCUACACCAUCAUGGAGGACGGGUGCGUGAGGGAUCCCACCGUGCAGGUCUACCCCGGACCCGGGUCCGUCUUCCAGUUCGGGAUGGAGGCUUUUGAGUUCAUCGGUGCUCACGAUGAGGUCUACAUCACCUGCUCGGUGCUCCUGUGCCAGAGCGGCGUGCCGAACACCCGCUGCUCUCAGGGAUGCCUGGAAUCAGGAAGCGGUCGCAGCAGGAGGGAGGCCGGGGCUCAGACCAGCAGCCACUUCAUUUCCCAGGGUCCUUUGCGCCUGAGGGCUUCAGACAACGAGGCACCAGUGACAGUUCCAGACCUGUCCUUGAACCCGUCCCCAAAGUCGUCCCUGAACCCGUCCCCAAAGCCAUCCCUGAACCUGUCCCUGAGCCUGGUCCUGAACCUGGUCCUGGCUGUGGGCUGCCUGCUGGUCUGUGUGGCGCUCAUCUACAGGAUCAGAUCCAGAUCCAGCAGGUCCAGAACCCAGUACCAACGUCUGCCGACCUUUGAGUUCGACUGA